AUGAAGCCAUUUUUUAUGGAUGAUCAUAGAUUAGAUCAGACUUGUGUUUUGAAAGUGAAUAUCAAUUGCUGCAAGGCAUGUCGCGGGAAAUUGAAGAAAGGGUUAUUGAAAAUUGAUGGAGUGCAUUCGGUUUCUGUAGAUGCAGAGAAGAGGAAAAAUUCUAACGUUGGUGACAAGGGUAGAGAUGAAGAUGGUUGUUGUCAUGAGAAUGAUUUUGUUGGUCAUAAGGUUGAAGAUUAUGUACCUCCUCAGAGAGAGAAACAGUUUGAUGAUCAUAUCUGCAGAGACCCUUAUUGCAGACUACACAGCAGAAAGCAUAUCAUCUGCGACCGUCAUGAGCCUCCAGGGGACACUGCCGGAAUGUUUUGGCGUCAUCCACAUAAUAACAUGAACGGGCAUGGUGGUUGGUAUCACCCAAGAAGCUCGCGAUACCCGGGAUUGUACAGAGAGGAACUGCAGCAGUAUGAUCAUUAUCAGCCAAGGAUGCCACCACCAGGAUAUGGUUUUAAUCAGAGAAGGCAUGUGCCAGGACUUGACAACUUUGGCCAUUUUUCCAGUGAUGAGAGCACUAGAGGUUGCACUAUAAUAUGAGCUACAGGAGUAUAGUAUUGGCUUGCUUCUAUGUGGAUUUAUGUUAAUUUUUCCUAAAUUGUUUGAAGUACUGUAGUUUUUUUUUUUCUCCUAGUUUUC